AGUAACAGUUUUUUAAAUAGUAUUAGUUGUGAGUAGUUUAUUACCUGUUACCUAAGUUCCAUAAGUACUUCAUAAUAAUUAUUAAAGUUUUUUUAUUUUCAAAUUUAUUUUUCAUUAAACCUAUUAUUAUAUUAUACUGAACAUUAUAAUAUUUAUUUACACAAAAUUAAAUCAGUUAAUGGUUUUAGAAUUCUUUAAACAAAAUUUACAGCUUUUAAACUGAGGUAAAGUUACUUUGUUUUAAUCUUUAUAGAAUAAUCCAUUAGUUAUUUACUGUUAUAUUUUAAAUAAAAUAAUAACAUUUAACUACUUAUAUUGUACUAAUGUUAUAAACUGACUAUCUAUUAUUUAGACAUUUGUGUGCAUAAAUUAAAUAGAAAAAUUAAGCACCUACUAGUUUUAUACUACAGUCUACAAUCUGCUAACCUUACUCAUUUUUUUUAGUUCUGUAAAUUAACAUAAAAUUAUUAAAUUGUAUCAUGUAGAAAUAAAAGUAUUGGAGGGUAUACUUAAAUCAUUUUUCAAUUCAAAUACAAACACAAUUAGGUAGGUAGAUCAGAGGAUUUUUGGGUUUUUUAAUUCAUAUUUUAUAUUAAUUACCUAGGUAUACAACUUGUAGUAAUCGGAAAAAAAUAUCUCCAAAACAAUUAUUUGUUAAAAAUAAUAAUAUUUAAAAAAAGUUUUUUUGUUGUAUUUACUACCUUAUGAGUUGAGUUUUUAAAUACCCCGGAAAAUAAUUUUUUCAAAUUUAGCUGUUUCAAAGAUUAGCCCGGAUUUAUAGACGGAUACUUCAAUUUAAUUUAUAUGUAUUUUCUAAUAUAUAACAAUGUAAAUGUCAUCCGUGUUAUCUAGAUAACCCAUAAAACAACAAAAGUAAUUAUUUUUUGUAUCAAAAAUACCCGGAAACUGGUUUUUUUUAGGAGGCGAAUGGUGUGGAGAUAGCUUUAAACCUUCUAUGGACAACACCGAACAUUUUAAGAAAAAACUAAUAAACUCAAUUAAUUUUUAAUAUUAUGUUUUUGACUGCAUAAAAUAAUAAUAGUAAUAAUAAUAAAAAUGUAAAAAAUAUAAAUAGGAUGUAUGUAACAAGAGUUGGCAAAUUUUAUCAUGAAUUUGAUCUUUGAACCAUAUUAAAAUUAAACUGCACUUUUUUUGUUAACACUAAAUAUAAUUUAUCAAAGGCACAUUAUUGUAUCAAUUUUUUUUUUCUAAUUAAAUUUUUAUAAUAAAUUUAAUUUAUAUAGAUUUGAAUAUAUAUAUAUAUAUUUAAUGUAUAGGACUAUGGCAACAACUAAAAACUGGAUUACUUGAUUUUUAAAAUUUUGUUGGCUUAUCUGUCACUAGUUCAUCACUAUAAAUUAUACAUAAAAUACAACUAAGUAGAUACCUAUGCAUAGAGAUAUUUAGAUAAUAGAAAUAUGAAAAUGAUAGGUACUUACCUACUUAAUUGUAUAUUUUUUUGACUUAAUUAAUAAACUGUCAUAUUGUACUAAAUACAUUUUCAUAAUUAUUUAUUACGAAAAAAAAAUAAAUCAUUUAAGUUGAAUAUAAUUAAUUGUAUACAAUAAAAUAUUAAAAAUAAAUUUGUUUUUAUAAAAUGAAUAUAUUGAUAAAUACGUAAACAGUUAAUAUUAUAUAAUAUUAUUUUUAAGGUUAUUGAAAUUUUGUGUUUAUGAAAUACCUAUUGACAAGUUAUGUUUAUGUUACAGAUUUUCAAUAUUUUACAAUUUAUAAUGCCAGUACAAGAGACUGUUAUUCUCCUAGACAUUGAAGGAACAAUUACAUCAAUUAGCUUUGUUAAGGAUACAUUAUUUCCAUAUGUCACAAAUAAUUUAGUGAAUUACAUAAAUAAACUCUGGGGCAAAGAAAAACUUGAAAUUGAUUUAGAAUUAUUACGUGAACAAGCAGCUAUUGAUUCUAACAGUGAAUUGGAAGGUUUUGUGCCAAUUGUUUCUGGUGAUAAUGCAAAGCAAUCUAUCAUUGAUAAUAUUAGGUGGCAAAUGAGUAUCGAUCGAAAAACUACUGCUCUAAAGCAACUGCAAGGUCACAUAUGGAAAGAAGGCUAUGAAAAUGGUGUUUUAAAAGGUCACUUAUACGAAGAUGUAUUACCUGUUUUAAAUAAAUUAAUUAAGUUGGGUAAACGGAUAUACACCUAUUCGUCUGGCAGUACAAAUGCUCAAGAAUAUUUGUUUCAAUAUUCCAUGUAUGGAGAUGUAUCUAAUGUUUUCAUAAAAUAUUUUGACACCAAAAUGGGACCAAAAAACUCAGUGACUAGUUAUACAAAUAUUGCAAAUGAUAUAGGUGUAAAUUGCGGUGAUAUUUUGUUUUUGACUGAUAUACUAACUGAAGCAGAAGCAGCUAUUAAGGCGGGGUGUAAUUCAGCUCUUUUAGAAAGACCAGGUAAUGCUCCUCUAGAUCCUGAGAAAAGUUCUACUUUCAAAAUUAUGAAGACUCUAAAUGAAUUAUUAGAAAAUUAAUAGAUAUUCACUCACAACUAAAAUACACACAAAGUUGACCUUGUUAAUUGUUAAAUAUAUAUAUUUAUGUGAGUACGUGUAUUUAUAUUAUGAUUUAUGUUUAUAUUAUCAUUGUUACAUUUCUUAAUAAACUUUUGUAUUCACAUAUCUUU